CCAAGGGACAGGCAGCAGCAGCUGGAGCGCAUCAGGGAAAUGAGGAGGAACAGAGAUGCUCCCGUUGAUGAGAUGGGGGUGGAGAAGUGUUACGACAGCAGCGCACCUCCGCAGGUUAUGCGCUUCCAAGUUCUGCUGUCGCUGAUGCUGUCCAGCCAGACCAAGGACCAGGUGACAUCAGCUGCCAUGCUACGCCUGAGGCAGCAUGGCCUCACAGUCGACAGUAUUUUGCAGAUGGAUGAUGCGACGCUUGGGCAGAUCAUUUACCCUGUGGGAUUCUGGAGGAAUAAGGUGAAGUAUAUAAAGCAGACGACAGCCAUCCUGAAGGAGAAAUAUGGGGGUGACAUACCAAGAACCGUGGAGGAGCUGGUGCAGCUGCCAGGAGUUGGGCCCAAAAUGGCCCACUUGGCCAUGAACAUUGCCUGGGACAGUGUGUCUGGGAUAGCUGUGGACACCCAUGUGCACAGGAUCACAAACAGGCUGAAGUGGGUGAAGAAGGAGACCAGAUACCCCGAGGAAACUCGGGUGGCGCUGGAGGACUGGCUGCCCAGGGAUCUCUGGAGGGAGAUAAACUGGCUCUUGGUGGGCUUUGGCCAACAGACCUGCCUGCCUGUGAAUCCUCGCUGCAACGAGUGCCUUAAUCAAGACAUUUGCCCAGCUGCUAAGAGACGCUGAGGGAUCAUCCGGUCUUCGUAGAGCAACAAAGCCGCUUCGGCUCAGCAGCAGCCCAGCGCUGAGCCCUGGUAAAGCUGUGCUUUGCACGGGGCUGGCUGUGUGACUGCAGGGAAAAGGGAGACUGCAGCAGCCAGCUCAGCAUCUCUGGGGAGGGAGCAGCCGCUGGCAAUGGCUGAGCUCUCGAGAGGAAAAAGGGUCUUUCAAAGCUCAGCAGUCCUGCUGUGUCAGUGCUGAAGGCUCCAGCCCCCGUGUGAAUGCCUGAGCGUGCCCCGGCGGAGCAGCAGGCUGUGCUGCGUCAGGAGUAGCUGGAGAGAAAUGCUUUGUCCUAGGGGACUCGCUGCUGCUUGUAACUACACAUUUAAUAAAGGUGGUGGGUAAUUUUUUCU